AUGCUCGACUGGAAGUUCUUCCCACAUAUCUUCGACAACAUUUACGAUUAUCUCGACGGGCAAGGUCUGGAAGCCAUGCGGCUGACAUGCUCUUCUCUCCGGGCGAGAGCAGAAACGGAUCUCUGGGAACAAGUCAUACUGUCACAUCGCGUCCUCCAUGUCUCCUCCCCUGGCUCUGCCACUCGACCUGAGGCUGUCAUUCUCACUCAGACUCAACUGUAUUCCUCCCUGUACGACUCUCCUCUUCCGCACGCCUACGCGAAUGGCCACAAAGUGACUGAGGUCGUCAACAUCACUCAUCCGCCCACAACUUUCUGCUUGUAUCGCUGCGAAAGAUGCGUAGAGGAGUGCGAACACGACGAUGCUGAGUGCCCGUUAGCUUGUCAUUUGACAGCAGUCAUCAACACCAUGGGUUUCGAAGUUGUGUUUCAGCUUUUGGAUGCGGACACCCACAACUGUCACGAUCUCGAUUCGGCUCUGGACCGCUUAGGUUGCGAAGCUCUCAUCGUCAGCCAAAGACUGCGAACCAGCGACGAACAGAAUAAAGCUAAUCAUCUGUACCGAUACCCAAUUAACCAGCAUAUUUUCAAGUUAUCGUACGCGUCCAAAGGGGGAUACGAAACGCAGCCUGUCGUGACGAACAGCUACACACCUUUCCCUGUGAACGACUUCACCAUCGUCCUCCACCCUCGAGAGGAGAACCACACCGAAGGAGUCAGACCACGAGCAGCAACAAACGAGGUAGAGUCCUUCGAUCUCAGUUCUUUCCUGGGGAGUCUAGCGGAAGAAGGUAGGCUAAGAGCACCAAUUUUCGUCGUCGCCACAGACACCUGGCCCCCGGAGGGUCCCUUGGAGCUCCGGCGACCGACACCGCAGAUUUCGGAACCAGCCUUCCAAGCCGCACUUGAAACCUGCACCCGGCGUGGCGAAGGACAGGUUGACAGGAUCCAAGUCAUCACUUGGCCGGACGCGCGCCUCAAGUUCGGGAACAAGGUUUGCGACCUCCUCAUGUCCGAGCCAUCACCCCUCCGCCUCUCGCAAGAUAACGGUCCUCCAUGGGGCUUUGUGAGUGCGCCCGUGGCUCCAUUGCUAACUAGCAGUAGCUGUGAUGUUGAUCAAUCCGCACCAGCUCAGCUGGCUCUUCGAACUUACCCACCCGGCCCACCCCUUCUCAUCCCCCACCCUCACCAUACGGUCUCCCGUACUUUCCAUCAACCCGCCGACCCUCCAUAA